UCUCUCUCUCUCUCUCUCUCUCUAUCUCCCUCCCUCUCUCCAAACACUCCUCACACAGACUGUUUCUUGUCUCUCCUCUGCUGUUUCUCUUCUUUUCUUUGCUUUCUGAGAAUGUAAAACACUGAAAAGCUAAAAAAAUUAGCUCUUUAUCUUCAAAACAAAAAAGACCAAUACAUGGCUUCCCAUAGCGUUGUUUCACUGUUCUUCAUCUACAUUUCUUUGUUCUCGAGCCUCUGUUUAGCUGACGAUCCAUUUGUUAGCUACGAAUUUGUGCUCUCUUACAUUACAGCUUCUCCUUUGGGUGUUCCCCAACAGGUUAUUGCUAUUAAUGGUCAUUUCCCAGGGCCUGUCAUUAAUGUGACUACUAACAACAAUGUAGUUGUCAAUGUGAGGAACAAAUUAGAUGAGGACCUUCUCAUAACUUGGGCUGGUAUUCAACAGAGGAGAAGUUCUUGGCAAGAUGGGGUACUCGGCACGAACUGUCCAAUUCCUCCAAAGUGGAAUUGGACUUACCAAUUCCAAGUGAAGGAUCAGAUUGGGAGUUUCUUUUACUUCCCAUCGCUCAAUUUCCAAAGGGCAUCUGGAGGUUAUGGUGGUUUUAUUAUUAACAAUAGGGAUAUAAUUCCAAUUCCUUUUGCAACCCCAGAUGGGGAUAUCACGAUUUUGAUUGGUGAUUGGUACACUCGAAACCACACGGCUUUGAGGAGAGAACUUAAUGGAGGGAAAAAUCUUGGGAUGCCGGAUGGUGUUCUUAUCAAUGGGAAAGGCCCCUAUAGAUAUAACACUACACUUGUUCCUGACGGCAUUGACUAUGAAACAAUUGAUGUUCACCCUGGCAAAACAUAUCGCAUUCGUGUACACAAUGUUGGUGUGUCAACUAGUUUGAAUUUCAGAAUUCAGAACCAUAACCUGCUUUUAGCGGAAACAGAGGGAUCAUAUACAGUGCAACAAAAUUACACUAGCUUAGAUAUUCAUGUUGGACAGUCUUAUUCUUUCUUGGUAACCAUGGAUCAGAAUGCAAGUUCUGAUUACUACAUUGUAGCAAGUGCUAGGUUUGUGAAUGAAUCACUCUGGCAAAGAGUUACUGGUGUUGGUAUCUUGCACUACUCAAAUUCGAAAGGGAAGGCAUCUGGUCCCCUUCCGGACCCACCAAAUGAUCAAUUCGACAAAACCUUCUCAAUGAACCAGGCUAGAUCCAUCAGGUGGAAUGUGUCAGCCAGUGGUGCUCGCCCCAACCCACAAGGCUCAUUUAGAUAUGGCUCGAUCAAUGUGACUGAUAUUUAUGUGUUGAAAAACAAGCCACCAGUGACUAUCAAUGGGAAACUGCGAACAACACUCAGUGGGAUCUCAUUUGUCAAUCCCGCCACACCAAUCAGGCUUGCCGACCAAUUCAAAGUAAAGGGAGUGUACAAGCUUGAUUUCCCCAAUAGGCCAAUUACAGGAUUACCUAAGAUGGAAACGUCAGUCAUCAAUGGUACAUAUAGGGGAUUUAUGGAAAUUAUCCUGCAAAACAAUGAGACUAAGGUGCAAAGUUAUCAUAUGAGCGGAUACGCCUUUUUUGUGGUUGGAAUGGAUUAUGGUGAGUGGACAGAGAAUAGCAGGGGCACAUACAAUAAGUGGGAUGGUAUUGCUCGCACCACAACACAGGUUUUCCCUGGGGCAUGGACAGCAAUCUUAAUCUCACUUGACAAUGUUGGAGUUUGGAAUUUGAGAACAGAAAACCUUGACUCAUGGUAUCUGGGUCAAGAAACUUAUGUCAGGGUUGUGAAUCCAGAGGAAACUAACAAAACCGAGUUGCCCAUGCCAGAUAAUGCUCUUUUCUGUGGUUCCCUCAGUAGAUUGCAGAAGCCAGAAGACAUCUCUUCAGCAACAUCAAUCUUGGGUAGUAGAUCAAAACUGUUCAUGAUUCUGGUGACGAUGAUAUAUGUUGUAAUUUCCAUUUUCUGCUAAAACUUUUUCAAUGGGGAGCCUGGCUUGCUUUAGUGAGGUGUUUGUGGUUGUGAUUUGUGAGUGGUUAGGUUUGUGUAAUUGUAGGUUUGUUGAUAUGAAUCUUCAGUAAUUUUGAUGGACAUUUUUCUUUUUCCUUUUCCUAUGUAGUAAAUGCUCCCAAAGAUCCUAGUUCAAUUUAUUGGUAUUUAUCAUUCUUUUAUGACCCUA